AUGUGGGGACGAUGGAAGGAUCGCUACUUCGUCCUGCAGCCGCCCCUCCUGCUCGAGUACCACUCCGCCAAGCACGCCAAGGCAGGGAAGGUGGCGCACUCGCUGACCCUGUCCGAGAUCACGAUCUGCAAGGCCGAGGGCAUCAAUGGCCAGUCCUUCUCUUUCGCGCUCAGGCGCAAGAGCAAGGAAUCGUUUUUCCUGGCGUCAGAUAAGGAGCAAGAGAUGGUGGAGUGGAUCCGAUUGAUGGCCCCGCACGUGAUGAGCGUGAACGACGAGUGGGCGGUGGACGACGAGGGCCUCGAGAAGGAGGUCGAGGCGGUCUGCGUGACCAAUGAGAACGGGUACUUCCUCGCGGCCAACGAGAUCUUCUGCGCCAUGACGGGCUUCACCAAGGAGGAGCUGCUCGGCAAGCCCUGCACGCUCAUCAUGCCGGCCUCCAUCGCCUCCAAGCACGAGAGCUACAUGUCCAACUACCUAAAGACCGGCAUCAAGCGACUCAUCGGCAAGCCCAGGCGGCUGGCCGUGAAGCGAAAGAAUGACUCGCUGUUCCUGUGCGAGCUGUCUUUGGGCGAGGUCAUCGACCAACAAAAAUCGCUCCGACGGUAUGUGGUGCAUUUGCGCCCGAUCAUCGUCUCGGAGAAGCUGGGCAACAGUACGGAGGAGGACACGACCGAAACCAUGGACGACCUGUCCGACAUGAGCGAGUCCACUGAGUCCACGGCGCUGGAGGACAGCGGCAAGCUGGCGCGCAUCAAGGAAAAGCGUCGGGAGGCCGUGAGCCUUCCGCUGGACAUGAAACAGCCGACCGACGCCUCCAAGGGCUUCGGCUCCGACUCACACAGGCGAACGCUCAGCAUCGAGAAAUUCAAGAAAAAGAGCAAGUCGGCGCGCACCUCGCGAGACACGUCGCGGGACACGUCGCGCGAGGCCUCCAGCGAGAGCGAGGGCGAGGACGGGGGCGGCCACGUGUUUGGCCGCAAGAGCUUCUCGGGCCUGGGCGUCAUCGCCGAGGAGCAGGACGCCGACGGGGCCACGCCGCACAGCGAGACGCCCCGCGGCCGGCGCUCCGGUUUCUGCAGCGGGACCAACAGCCACGAGAUGAACGCGACGUCGGCGGCGGUACCCUACCACCCGCUCAUCGACAAGGUGGGCAAGGUGUUCGACGACCGGGUGGCGGCGUUCAAGCAGUCCCUCAAGCGCAGCCUCCAGGAGGAGAUGACCACCGUGCUCGCGCGAGUGGACCUGCUCGACGCCGAGCUCACCGAGACCAAGCGACGCGCCGAGCUCAACCGACUACAACGGAAUGCAGCGCUAGCGAUGGUGCUCGAUCCGGAGAACAAGAUCAUGAAGAAGAUCAAGAGGGCGGUCACGGCCGAGGUCAAGAGCACAGAUGACGAGAAGCUGCUCUUCCGGAUGGACUCGAAGGCCACGAAGAAGGUGAUCUCCUUCAUGACGGCUGUGGGACUCGAGUACUUGGAGAAGGCCCUGGGCACCAUCAUCCGCAAGAUCUGCGAAGAUCAACUGCUGAGCUAUGAAGUCAACAACCGAUUACUCGACCCCACCGACGACCGACAGCAGAACCGCGACCAGCUGCGGUGCAUCAGCGAGAUGUUCGCCACCGCCCUGGUCAGCUCUGUGGACGCCGUUCCUCCGGAAUUUUGUGAGCUGUUCAAGCACGUCAAGAAGGAGUCGGAGACGAAGUGGACCGGCAAGGUGGCCUACUACCAGCCCAUCGGUGGCCUUUUCUUCCUCCGCUUCAUCAACGCCGCCGUCGUCUCCCCUUCGUUCUUCGGGCUCGUCCAAGGCGAGAUCGGGUUCAGGCCGCAGAGAGGUCUGAUCCUGGUGUCCAAGCUGCUGCAGUACGUGGUCAACGGUCUCACCUUCGAACCCGGCCACGAGCUCUACGACUUCAACGACUUUGUAGUGGCCCAGAUGCCUGCAUUUGAGGCCUUCAUUGACAACAUCCUGGCCAGGCAAUGA